AUGUCAGGCGACGAAUCAGGCGACGAAUUCUGGAAGGACCUGAGCGACGAUGAGUCAACUGAAUCCACAAGACUCCAGUUUGGCAAAGGUCGAUCGGGCCUACAGAAGGCUCUUUUACGAACGGACAAGACCGAGUGGUUCCGGUGGUUGCAAUCAGAUAUACUAAAGCCCUUCUGGGUGGAGCUGUGGGAUUCUUACCUCAAGACCAGUGGGAAGAGGGGGCUCGGGGGGUUGGACUGGCAGCCGUGCAGGAAACUCUGA